GUGAAAAAGCCUCUCAGAAGCUCGUGUGCGGACCACCACAGAAGAUGCUCCACUCUUCAAGAGACCACCUCAACUUGGAGUGCGAGCUGGUGGGCUGACACUCACGACUUAGUGCGACUGUUUCUACAACUUCUCCUGCUGCUGCUGGGCGACUAUCUUUAUCCCGCUUUUUUUUUUUUUUUUUUUUUUUUUUUUUUAAUCGGGACAUUGGAGAGAAAUAAAUAGCCCCGCACACGCUGUUGGGAGGCAAAUGAAUGGAAAAAACUGGCGGGGGAUUUCCCCAGGCUGCCUUCACACCAAUGGAUACGUACAGAACUUCUAACACGGCUGCUUUGUAUUGGCCCAAAUAAUUUCUUAUUGUCAUAUUAACAAGGAAAUCAUCUUUACAAGCUUCCAGUUGGAUCUUUUGGGGGAUUUUCACUGUCAAAAUAUCCUAUCUUAGGGUGGAAAGAUGUGCUCUGUAGUGCUACUUCAUCAGUGGAGUCUGGCGGUGUUCUUGUUGUGUUCUCCAGUGACACCUUACGGGAGGCCAGUGGACGCACUUAGUAGCAGAAUGCGGCGGUCGGUGAGCCACGCCCAGCUGAUGCACGACAAAGGCCGCAGCAUGCAGGAGAUGAAGCGUCGCCUGUGGCUGCAGGAGCUCCUGGAGGAGGUGCACACGGCCGACGAGCGGGCGCCGCCCGCGCACGGCGGGACGCCCGACUUCAGCGGAAACGACCUCCGCCAGAAGCCCCCGGAGGCCACCAAGAACAUGCCCCACAGGUUCGGAUCGGACCGUGAGGGCCCCGUCCUGCCGCAGGAGACCGACAAGGCGCUGGCCUACAAGGACCAGCCCCUCAAGGUGGCCACCAAGAGGAAAAAAAAGGCCAGGCUGGGCCGGCGCAGGGAGGGCGACAAGAAGCGGAGGAGGACCCGCUCCGCCCGAACUCGAGACUGAGAGACGCUGGAUGCGCCGGAGCGGUGCUGCACUAAAGCGGGGUGCACAACAUACCCCCGAUCGGGCCCAAUUUCAGCAUGUUCCCUCUUGCCAUCUAUCACGCCAAAGGCCCGAUUAUAGGAUGUCUCUGAAAGAUUAUCCUGAGUGAUAAUCCUUUGGUGCAGGUUAUGUUCCCAGUGAUUUUUUUUCCUUCCAGAAUUGCGCAGAAAACAUUGGGGCUGACAAUCGUAAAUGUUAAGCCUGAUUGAUAUUUACGAUCGCAAAUCAUUGGAAUUGUGUGCCUUUUUAUCAUUUUGUGUGUUCAUAAAGAAUCAUAAUGUGGGGCUAAAGGUAUGUUCUUUUUCAGUUUUGAUGUCUAACGCAGGGUACACGCCUACUGAUAAUCAGGACGAAUUAGGGCAUUUUUCCUCCUUUCCGGCUCUAUUAAGAGAGAUUUUUUUUCCCCUCCCUGAGCUGUUCGGAAAACAAUCACGGCCUACAAUCGUAUCUGCUAAACCUGUUCAAUAUUUAUGAUCGUGAAUCAUCGGAACUGUGUGCCUUUUUCUCAUUUGUUUGUUUAUAAUGAAUUGAAAUGUGGGGCAGCUUGAAACACACGUAUCGAUAAUCGGGGCGAAUUUGAGUAUUUUUCCUUUGUUCCAUUCAAGGUCAACAAAGGCCCGAUUAUCGGAUGUUUCUGAAAGAUAAUCCUGAGCAAUUAUCCUAUGGUGUGGUGUGUGUUAAGAAAGAUUUUUCCUCCUCAGUCUGCUUGGAAAACAGUUGGGUCCCAGAAACGUAAAUUUUAAACCUGUAUAACAUUUACUAUCACAAAUUGGAAUAGUGGGCCUUUUUCUCAUUUUGCGUGUUUAUAAUGAAUCAUAAUGUUGGGUGGGAAAUGUUAUUCAAUUUUGACAUCUGACGUUACCGAUAAUCGGGCUGAAUUUGAGCAUUUUUACCUUCAUUCCGAUCAAUUACACCAAAGGCAGAAUUAUUGGAUGUCUCCGAAAGAUGACCUUAAGUGAUUAAGGUAUGUUUAAAGUGAUUAUUUUUUUGUCUCCCCAGUCUGCGUGGAAAACGAUGAUGGAUGAUAAUUAUAAAUGUUAAAGCUGUUCAAUAGUUACGAUCACAAAUCACCGGAAACAUAUGCCUUUUUCUCAUUUUGUGAGUUCAACUUUAAUUAUAACGUGUGACAAAAAUUAUGUUUUUCAAUUUUGAUAUCUAAAGUAGGGUGCACAGGUACUGAUGAAAAGUUCAAAUUUGAGCAUUUCUCCUCAAUUCCUAUAAAUUGCACCAGAAGCACAAUUAUUGUAUGUACAGUAUUUGAAAGAUUAUCCUGAGUGAUUAUUUUGUGGUUUGGGGUUUGUUAACAGCGCAUUUUUUUUUUUCCCCGAGCUUAACCUUUACGAUCUCAAAACAUCAGAAUGAUGUGCCUUUUCCCAUUUAGUGUGUCCAUAAUGAACAGUAAUGCGGGGCAAAAAUAUUGUUCUUUUAAUUUUCACAUCUAAAGCAUGAUACACACAUACUGAUAAUCAGGCCAAAUUUGAGUAUUUUCCCUCCCUUCAGAUAAAUUCCACCAAAGGACCGAUUAUCUCCGAAACAUUAUCCUGAGCAAUUAUUCAAUGGUGUGGGGUGUGUUCAGAGUCAUAUUUCCUCCCUGUUCUGCUCGGGAAACCGUCGUGGCCAGCAAUCGAAAAUGUUCAACUUGUUCAAAUCCUUCUGUGUCUACUCAACACCGAGUUGCCACAGACUCCAUGAUUGUGAUGUGAAUUGUCGUCAUGUGUGGGGUCUCCCAAAACGGGUAUGUGCGUACCCCGCUUAACGCUAAGGCAGGCUCCACCUGCAAGACGCAAAGCGGGGCUCCUUUCGGGGCCCGCAUCGCUUGUAUGAAUAUUUGGCAUUGUCUUGUAUUUGAGUGUUUUAUGGCAAACUCCCACCCAGCAACAACUGGCAGGUCCAUAUUUAUUUGGAGAAGCUUCGCAACCAAACCUGGAAAAGACAAACUGUUCAAUGAAUACAUUUGCUCCCACUCUGCUGCCAUAAUUUAUUUCAUCUUGAAAGUGUAUAUUUAUUUGGUGAAUGUAUUGUGGUGCUGCUGACUGAAUCCCAUAAUGCACUUUAGUUAUAUCAUGUACAUGUUCUUUUGUGGUCGAUGUUGUCGUCUCGAUGGUCCUGCUUUCUUUUAUUGUCUUUUUUGGCCCACCAAAGAUCUCUUGUGGAUGUAAUUUAUUGGAUGCCUCAUUCAACCCACUUUCAUCAACGCUAAAGUUUAUUUUUAUAGACCAAGUCUGCCACAGUCAUUUAAUGUUCUUGACUUGCACUGAGAGCUUAAUGUACAUGUGUCCAGUUAUUCAUCAAGCAUUAAAUAUCUACUCGUAAAGAAUG